UUGGCUAUUUGUUUUUUAAGGCUAUUUGUAAGCGAUUCCUCCACAGGAGUGUUGUAUUUGUAUUGUUUUUCUAUCUUCUCCUAUUUCUGGAUCUUAUCUUUGUUUUCUUUUGUUUGUCUAUCUUCUUUGUUAUGUCUACUAUUUUUCCACUUUUAAUCUUCUCUAGCAGCGCGGAAGCUUGCUUUUUCGCUUACAAAUGUUUUCUUUACUUCUGUUCCUACUGUUUCUCUUAUUUUCUUCUGUCUCUCUUUACUUUACUUUUUCUUCUUGCCUGUUCUUGUGUGCAUCGCCUCUUCUGUAUGAAUCUGUUACUUAUUUAUUUGUUCUUAUAUCUUCUUCAUCUUCUUUCAGGCUCUGAUUUGCUUCUCUCUUUGUUUCAGCCGUAGUCCAGAUGCCCUCUGCAGAUAUCGAUCGAUGUCCUGAUGGCCAUCAGGGUGAAGUCCAUCAGCGUCCGUCUCUCGGUGAUGCCCAGCUUCUUCAGCCCGGUGACGGUGGCUUGAGGGAGGGCUCCACGGGUUCCGACGACCACGGGGAUGACCUCCCGUCGUGGCCUGGAAAUCCCUCUGGAUCGUGGGGAGCAGCGGCUGCCGUAGUCCAGAUGCCCUCUGCAGAUAUCGAUCGAUGUCCUGAUGGCCAUCAGGGUGAAGUCCAUCAGCGUCCGUCUCUCGGUGAUGCCCAGCUUCUUCAGCCCGGUGACGGUGGCUUGAGGGAGGGCUCCACGGGUUCCGACGACCACGGGGAUGACCUCCCGUCGUGGCCUGGAAAUCCCUCUGGAUCGUGGGGAGCAGCGGCUGCCGUAGUCCAGAUGCCCUCUGCAGAUAUCGAUCGAUGUCCUGAUGGCCAUCAGGGUGAAGUCCAUCAGCGUCCGUCUCUCGGUGAUGCCCAGCUUCUUCAGCCCGGUGACGGUGGCUUGAGGGAGGGCUCCACGGGUUCCGACGACCACGGGGAUGACCUCCCGUCGUGGCCUGGAAAUCCCUCUGGAUCGUGGGGAGCAGCGGCUGCCGUAGUCCAGAUGCCCUCUGCAGAUAUCGAUCGAUGUCCUGAUGGCCAUCAGGGUGAAGUCCAUCAGCGUCCGUCUCUCGGUGAUGCCCAGCUUCUUCAGCCCGGUGACGGUGGCUUGAGGGAGGGCUCCACGGGUUCCGACGACCACGGGGAUGACCUCCCGUCGUGGCCUGGAAAUCCCUCUGGAUCGUGGGGAGCAGCGGCUGCCGUAGUCCAGAUGCCCUCUGCAGAUAUCGAUCGAUGUCCUGAUGGCCAUCAGGGUGAAGUCCAUCAGCGUCCGUCUCUCGGUGAUGCCCAGCUUCUUCAGCCCGGUGACGGUGGCUUGAGGGAGGGCUCCACGGGUUCCGACGACCACGGGGAUGACCUCCCGUCGUGGCCUGGAAAUCCCUCUGGAUCGUGGGGAGCAGCGGCUGCCGUAGUCCAGAUGCCCUCUGCAGAUAUCGAUCGAUGUCCUGAUGGCCAUCAGGGUGAAGUCCAUCAGCGUCCGUCUCUCGGUGAUGCCCAGCUUCUUCAGCCCGGUGACGGUGGCUUGAGGGAGGGCUCCACGGGUUCCGACGACCACGGGGAUGACCUCCCGUCGUGGCCUGGAAAUCCCUCUGGAUCGUGGGGAGCAGCGGCUGCCGUAGUCCAGAUGCCCUCUGCAGAUAUCGAUCGAUGUCCUGAUGGCCAUCAGGGUGAAGUCCAUCAGCGUCCGUCUCUCGGUGAUGCCCAGCUUCUUCAGCCCGGUGACGGUGGCUUGAGGGAGGGCUCCACGGGUUCCGACGACCACGGGGAUGACCUCCCGUCGUGGCCUGGAAAUCCCUCUGGAUCGUGGGGAGCAGCGGCUGCCGUAGUCCAGAUGCCCUCUGCAGAUAUCGAUCGAUGUCCUGAUGGCCAUCAGGGUGAAGUCCAUCAGCGUCCGUCUCUCGGUGAUGCCCAGCUUCUUCAGCCCGGUGACGGUGGCUUGAGGGAGGGCUCCACGGGUUCCGACGACCACGGGGAUGACCUCCCGUCGUGGCCUGGAAAUCCCUCUGGAUCGUGGGGAGCAGCGGCUGCCGUAGUCCAGAUGCCCUCUGCAGAUAUCGAUCGAUGUCCUGAUGGCCAUCAGGGUGAAGUCCAUCAGCGUCCGUCUCUCGGUGAUGCCCAGCUUCUUCAGCCCGGUGACGGUGGCUUGAGGGAGGGCUCCACGGGUUCCGACGACCACGGGCAUGACCUCCCGUCGUGGCCUGGAAAUCCCUCUGGAUCGUGGGGAGCAGCGGCUGGGGAGGGUGACAUCGACGAUGAGGACACGGUCUCGCUGGUUGACCACGAGAUCCGGCCUCAGGCGAUCCUCCCCGACGUUGAACUGUUGCUCCCUGGCCACGGUCCAUCCUCUCUUCUUACAGUUCUCUUCGAUGGCUCCCACGAUUCAGUUGUGUCUAUCCUCGCUCGCUGUCCCGCUGAACACUCACCGAUGACGUGUCCCAGAGUUUCCGGUUUUAGACGGCACCGCCGGCACAAGGUGACGUUAUUUUUGGCUGUUCGGUUUAUCGCCGUCCUGGUCCCGAAGGUGUUGGUUCUCAGUUUGAGGGCGUCAAUGUACUGCCCCGGCCUCAAGGCGUUCUGGUUGAGGAGCCAAUGGUUCCCCAACGGGUUGUUUCGGAACCAGUUGACUCCCUAA